AUGGGUGUAAUUGUACAUUGUAACAAGGUUAGCUCAUUCACUCUAAUGAGGAAUCGGUUGCGUUGCGGUGUGCCGAGUACGAAUUAUCACUGCAAAAAUUGGGUUGGUGCUACAUGCAGCGUUAUAGCGCCAGAUGGGCACUCUAAUGUGCUGCCUGUGUCGGAGAAAAUGCUUGGUCCCGUAUAUGUUGCUAGUGCGCUAGUAGGUCUUGUAAGAUUCCAGUCGUACAUACAGGCUACAAGAGAAAGCAGCGUUCAUAUCUCAAACUAUCGGGGGGUGUGCACAUCGACAAUAAGGAACACCUACCCUAUUGUACAGAUAAAUCAAGACAUGCCACUUCCUUUACGUCGAAGUUCCGGUCUGAUCGUACUGAUCGUAAUUUCACUUGUGGCUUACUUAGCGGUGUUUCUCUGCAAACGGGAGAUUGUUCCAGAAAUUAUUAAUUCCAAGCAACCUCUUUCAGCUACAAGAACCAAAGCAUUGUCUCGCUUUAAGCUAAGAAAGGAAUCAUUGAAGCGAGCCUGCGCACAAUUUCAGCGACCACUUACGGAGAGAGAGAAGAAACUUAUGUACGCCACAAUGGUGGUGGACGACGAACAUCGACUCAUUUGGUGUCCUGUGAGAAAAUCCGGGACAACAUCCUGGCGUAGCAUGAUGCUCAUCCUGGCGGGAAGAUUUUCGGACGUAAAAGCGGCAGUAGGUCACGCCUUGCACCACGGCUUCCAAUAUCUAACGCCUUUGAGUAAAAAGUAUCACAGCAAUGCGGAUAUCGAGUGGAGGUUGAAGAACUACACGAAAUUCAUGUCGUACAGAGAGCCUCUUCAACGUGUCAUUUCCGACUACAGACAGAUUAGAUUGCAUAAAACUGACUUUCAACAAGCAUAUUGCAAAUUGGUUGUAGAGUACAACAAGCGUCUCAAUGUUUCAAGCAAGAGUGAACCGGAUGCUUGGAAAAAUAUCAGCUUUCCUCAUUUUGUCGAUUAUAUCACUCGUUUCUAUGAUAACAAAGAAAAGUAUUUGCAUCUUAACAUUCAUUGGAGACCAAUCAACUUGAUUUGCCAUCCUUGUCACAUUGAUUAUGAUUUUCUCGUUGACAUGGAUAGUACUGGUCUUGCUGAGGAAUCAGAUUAUCUCCUCAGAUCUGUCGGAGCUCCCUCUUGGCUGCAUUUGCCGCACGACAAUAAAUCGGGUAACGAAACAAAGUACAGCUUUUUCUCUCAGCUUUCGACCACUCAGUUUCAACGUCUUCGUGAUCAAUACGACGACGACUACGAGAUAUUUGGAUAUCAACGUGUCAAUCAACACGAAUAGAGUCUGUAACAUCUAACUGAUUAAUGGAGCCAAGAUAGUGCGAUAAACUGUUUCUAGGAGUUUACAAACAACUGUCAUGCUAAUCGUUUAGUAUCAAUUUCUCGUCUUUAUAAAGUCGGUAAAAAAUUAAUGUUUGGAAGACAAGUAAAACUUUUAAUAGCUACUGCAAAUUGCCCUUA